AGAAAUUCUACCUUGCAGCUAGUUCGCGGAUCCGUGCCAUCCCCUAAAGAUGGCGAAAUUUGUUUCUUGUAAAACGAAAUUCUCCGUCCGGGAUUCCCGUCUGCACUUUCGUCGCAACCCGCCCUCGAUGCCCGAGAGCCGAGUAAUGCAUAAUAAUAGCGGUAAAUUGUCACGAGUCGCACAGACCGGACUCUGCCAUUUCCGUUCCGCUACGCUCAACGUUUAUAAUUGAUCGCCACCGAACGCAAUGACAGUGGAAGAUUAAUUCGGUGAUUUCAUCUCGGAAAGGCGAGGACGGACAUAUUCUUCGUAUUCACCGAGAAACGCGAGAAAUACCGAGAUCCCCCUGGAUCCCAGUAAUUCACAGCCCUGUGGGCUCGACGCGCGGCAAAGAUACGAGAUGGAAGAUCCCGAAGGGCAAUGAUGGGAAAUGCUUGCUUCUUACCGUUAGGAAGGAAAUUCGGCUAGCAAGGGAUCACCUUCUAGGCUUAAAUUGAGGUGACAUGUUCCGAAAAGACAAAAUUUCCGUAUUUCCGAAUCUCCGGAUCUUUCGUCGGCGAUCGAAAAAAGGAGGCACGUCCUUUAGCUGAAAGAAGAGUAAAAAUUAUCAAUUAACGGUGAAAAGAGUCGACUUCCGGUCACGAUGAGUGCCUAUUUACUUCCGGAAUCCGUUAACGAGGUCCUCGACGACGUGGAGACGACGCUGUGUCUUCCGAUCCUCUUGGUCGUCGUGUUCUGCACGCUGCAAUACAUCGUCGAGCACUGCUUGCAGAUCUUUUGUACGAUUUACACGAAUCUCGCCAGCAGCGAAAAGAAGGUGGAAAGGGCGGAGAAGAAUCAGUCCUCGAUGACUCUCUGCACCUGCCAGCCGCCUGCAGAUAUUCGGUGCAGUCGCUGCGAAGGCUACGAAUUUCGUCAAUUUAACGGCGGCUGCGACAGAGACACCAUGUACACGAAAACUCGAGAGGACGACUGGGAAUAUUGCUGUUACGACAACUCUUGCGACGAGGGGGACUUCGCCGACGAUUGAUAAGGAAUCGGCGAUGACCUCUCCUGCUCGGGAUAGAAAUUCUCUUUAUGAAAUUCGUAUCGUUGUCGACACCUUACGUGACCACGUCGUCGAGGGACAUCAAGAUCCGUCUACCGUUGCUACGACAAGACUCAAAUCCAUAUUUAACGCAAAACUUUUAUGUGUCGAGCUCUUUACACCGUAAUCUUAUCCAUUACAAUGAACUUUCGUUAAUAGCCUAUCCACCGCGACGUGGCGAUCUCGCGGCUGCGAUGAGAGACUUAACGAUUACAGUCCUUAAUAAAAUCGUCCACGGGUGACAAGGUUUUUGACGUACUUAGGUAUACAAUUAUAUAUCGUACACGACGCGUAAUCGAAUCAGGCAUAUUACAAUUCUCGACGUACGAGUCAAUUGAUGUCCCUUUUUCGCACCCCGGUGCAAGGCCACACGUCACCCGCGCUUCUCUCCGUCUUCUUUCACAAGAGGACAAAGAGAUGACUUUUCCUUAUAUUACGAUUUAUCUUCAUUGUCGAUUUAAACCGUACACUGCAAAUAAGCGGCCUCGAAAACCUCCGCGAGAUUCUAUGGGGCGAUCGAUUUUGAUUUUCAGUGCUCCAUUGGGGGUCAAUUCUCUGUCGAGUCUUCUCGGAGCUUCGUUACCUCUUUCGUCGGUUCCCGGUAGGGCGUCGUCCUCUCGACCGCCUUCCUUCGAGGAGAAUCCAUCGCCUCUGUUCGAUUUCGAGCCGGAGAAGCGUCCUCUCACCGUGGAGAUCCAUCGCGGUCUUCUCUCCGUUGUCGCCUGCCGGGGUUGGCUCGUUCCCGAAGGAAACGGCUUCGCGCACCCGCGAAGAGUAUAAAAAUGUAGAAACGUGACGUCGGGAUGAAUCAAGGGCAACGAAAGAAGAAAAAGCGAAGGGAGCGAGGAACCACGCGUAUCCACAACUCGGGUUCGCUGGCGCGUGGUUUCCCCUUUCCUUUCGCGCCGUCCACGGAAGACAACGACGGGGACAACGACGCGGACAACGGACCCGACCCUCGGCCGCGCGUCGGAGAAAGGGAGCUACCUGGAGGCCUCCGCGCAUCAGCCAGGACCAAAACGUCACAUGAAGGCGCUCUCCAAGCCCGGGCC